AUGGAUCGAUAAAAUAAUUCUUAUUAAGUUGGUAACUCAAUUCCACACAUUUUUCACACUUAAAACUUAUUAAUAGCAUCCACCAUCACUAAAUUCAACAAAAUAUUCUAUCACAUUUUUAUAAAUGUAUUUCCAUUGUGCCUACUCUAUCAUCUUGUACGUUUUGUCCAUAUUAAAAUUGUAAUUUGACGAAAAAGUAGCAAAAAAUAUUUAGAAAAUNUAAAAUUGGCUUAAGGAUUCUAGUCUUAUAGUUGUUUCUUUUAAAUAUCCAAUUAAUACUAUUUACAAGAUGCUAGCAAAUUGUUUGUGGUAACAUUCUAAAAUGGCAAUUGGACUCAAGAAGGAAUAGAAGAUUUGAAAGUGAAUAUCGAUACUCGAUCUGUUUCAUUUUCAUUGAAGAAUCAGCUUCCAUUUAUGUUAGCCACAUUAAAAUUUGCUGAUUUUCCAUUUAAAACCUGGAAAAUUAGUUCUCUAUCUCCUAAUAAGGUAUAUAUAAAUAUCAUAAGUAAAAAUUUCUCUAUGAUAUAUUUAUAGCCUAAAGAGAUAUCAAUAUUGGAAUUGAAUUAGACAGUAAACUAUCAAAAUUAGUAAAACCUGCUAGUCUGGCCUAAUAGAAUUUUAAAGAACCUUUGCCGAUCAUAGAAUUAUUAUUAAAAUUAAGAAAUUUUGGAAUCAAUUUGAUAGCCCAAGAGGAGGAUGCAAUUUGUUUGUAAACUGUGUUUAAAAGAUCUGAAGUUGAAAAUCAAGUAUUGUUGAAUUUAAUGUAAACACUCAGAGGUAUGUAUGUUUAUAGAAAUUUUAGUUUAUUCCUUCAAAUAAUCAAAAUGGAAUUAAAAAUGUGGAUCAGAUUAAAUUAUUAUUCAAUUUAUUGAAAAUCCUAAUUUUAAUUAAGAUUUUGAAGGGGAUGAUGAAUUUUAAUGGAGAAAUUUAGAAUUCCAAUUGAAUAAAGUAUCCCUUCUAGAGGGCAACGAUAAAAGUGAUAAGUUUUCAUCAAAAUGGUCGAAAAAUACUGUUAGUCAUGCUAAUUUAUUAAUUUUAAUUUAACAGCAUUAAAUUACUCCACCAGAAUUAUAAUUUUACAUCGAAGAAAUUCAGAAUGUAGAAUUAAGAUCAAACCUUAGAACAAUGCUGAAAGUAAUGAGACUGUUAGCAAUUAAUUGA